AUGGCGGAGCUCGUCUUAAAUGGAGGCCCGGUAACCCUCGACUCCAUCACCACCGCUGAGUUUGUGCUGACGAGAGAACCGCUCUCAUCAAACUCAUUAGUUGAUUUUGAUAAGCCGGAAGGACUUCUUCCACAGGACGAAGGAAGUGAGUCCAAUUUCAUGGGAGUUCGCAAAUACUCAAAAUCCGGUCCGCAAUCUCGGUGCUGGUACCAGCCACUUUUCAAUGCAUUGGUGCUAUUGCAGGUUUUUGGCCGCUUGCCAAACAAAAUCGCAAGUCUUAUCAGGUACAUGGCGAGCGCUCAGAAAUCGAUAAGAUCAAUCAAUACACGUCAAUUUCAGAUUAUUCAUAUUACUUUUUGUGCACUGGCCGUAUUACAAUGGAUGCCAAGUGUUCACGUAGUUGCUAUUGAGAUCAAUCAGAGUUUCGUACAAAUUCAUGAAUGGUAUAAUAUGUCAUCCUAUUUAAUCUACAUCAUCCUCCUAAGUGCUGCAUCAUUCGGCGCAAUAGUCCUGCCAUCCAUCACUUUGUCGAUCGCUGCCACGCAGUUAAUACCGUACUCUCAACAACUGAAGAGUGACGUCACCGGUAUUUGCUUGGCACUCGCUACGGCACUUCUGGCGGCCACAAUGUGCUGCUUUUCCGGUUAUGCGACAUCUCGAUCACUAACGAAUGUCACACAAUGGUAUGAACAAGAUUAA